AUGUCACCAAGCAAUUUGUUAUCGACUAUAGAAGAAUCCAAUCAACGUUUAUUAGAACAAUUAAAUUUUAUAUUAAAAUGGCAUAGUAAUCAAGGAAUGCAAGUUACAUAUGUAACAUGUAUUUAUUCAUUAGAAAAACAUUAUCCAGAUAUUGUUGAUAAAACUAUGAUGAAUACAUUAAUGUUUAGUUUGAAAAAAUUAUAUGGAGAUUUCAAAAUGAAAUGUUUACAAUCAAUGAUUCCAAAUAGAACAGAAUUUGAUUCAGCAUAUUUGAAAUUAAAAACAGCUGAAAUGUUUGAUAUUCUUAUUCAUAAGUAA